UUCCAAAAGAUAAUGUGGGCUGGGAAAUCCUAUUCACACACGCUGAGCAACCCAGUAGGCGACUGCAGGGGCUGCUGCUCUGGUCUGGGGGAGUUCUCUAUUCACGUACUUCGUCUGUUGCCCUUUUCUUCUUUUCAGUCAAUCAAAGUGACAAUGCCGUCCUUUCCUGCAGAAGCUGAGAUGAACACGCUGACUUGCCCUCACUUGUCACCCAAUUGCAUCUCCAAUGGAAUCCUGGAAAAGGAGCCUUGCAACGCCACAGAAAAGGAGAGGAAAUGGAUCAGGCCUGACAUCCCAAGCAAGUGUACCUGGGAGCUUGGAAAAUCUCCCUCUGAAUCACCCCAUCAUCAUGUUACAUUAUCAAAGACUCCAAAUAUUAUGCCAGACAUCCUCAAGAAAAUUGGUGAUACUCCCAUGGUGCGAAUCAACAAGAUUGGAAAGCUCUUUGGACUUCAAUGUGAACUUUUGGCAAAAUGUGAGUUUUUCAAUGCUGGAGGGAGUGUGAAAGACCGAAUCAGCUUAAGGAUGGUGGAAGAUGCUGAAAGAGAUGGGAUUCUGAAACCUGGAGAUACGAUUAUUGAACCAACGUCAGGAAAUACAGGGAUCGGGCUGGCCUUGGCAGCUGCAGUGAAAGGCUACCGCUGUAUCAUUGUGAUGCCAGAGAAAAUGAGCAUGGAGAAGGUAGAUGUUCUGCGAGCUCUUGGGGCUGAAAUUGUGAGGACUCCAACCACUGCUAGAUUUGACUCUCCAGAAUCUCAUGUUGGGGUAGCAUGGAGACUGAAAAAUGAAAUUCCCAACUCCCACAUAUUGGAUCAGUACCGCAAUGCCAGUAAUCCCCUGGCCCACUAUGAUACAACAGCUGAGGAGAUCCUACAGCAGUGUGAAGGUAAUAUUGACAUGCUGGUAGCUGGAGCAGGCACAGGGGGCACCAUCACUGGCAUUGCCCGAAAGCUAAAGGAGAAAUGCCCUGAAUGCAAAAUUAUAGGCGUUGAUCCUGAAGGAUCCAUUCUUGCAGAGCCUGAACGACUAAAUAAUACAGACAAGACAACUUAUGAAGUGGAAGGUAUUGGAUACGAUUUCAUCCCUACUGUUCUGGACAGAUCAUUGGUGGACAGAUGGUAUAAGUGUAAUGAUGAGGAAUCUUUUGCCUUUGCACGCAUGUUAAUCAGAGAUGAAGGCUUGCUGUGUGGUGGCAGCUCAGGCAGUGCUAUGUCUGUUGCUGUGAAAGCUGCCAAACAGCUGAAAGAAGGCCAGCGCUGUGUUGUCAUCCUUCCUGACUCGGUCAGGAACUACAUGUCCAAGUUUUUGAGUGACAAAUGGAUGACGCAAAAAGGCUUCAUGAAAGAAGAAGAUGACAUUAUUAACAAACCCUGGUGGUGGCACUUAAAAGUCCAGGAGUUACGUCUCUCUGCCCCCCUGACAGUACUACCAAGUGUCACCUGUGAAAAGACCAUUGAAAUACUCAGAGAGAAGGGAUUUGACCAAGUACCAGUUGUUGAUGAAUCUGGAGUGAUUUUGGGAAUGGUUACCCUCGGCAACAUGCUUUCUUCAGUGCUUGCUGGUAAAGUACAGCCAUCAGACCAAGUCAGCAAAGUAAUCUACAAGCAGUUCAAAAAGUUAUCAACUGAAUCAUCAUGCAAAAUGUAUUAUCUGAUUCAUCUGCAGGACAACUUAGGGAAAUUGUCUCAUAUCUUGGAAAUCGAUCAUUUUGCUCUGGUGGUGCAUGAACAGAUUCAGUAUCACAGUGAUGGCAAUUCCAGCAAAAGGCAAAUGGUGUUUGGUGUUGUCACGGCAAUUGACUUGCUGAACUUUGUGACUGCCCGGGAACAACAAAGAAAGGCAACCUAAAUUCAAGAAACACAUUGGUGGCAGUUGCUUCAGUCGCUUUUAGGGUUUUUUAAGAUAUUUUUUUUACCCCUUACCUUCUUUGUUACGGCAAUCUUAAUUUUUUAAAAAAUUAAUCAAAUAAACCAAACAUCAUUAGUGGAACUCAUUAGUUGCAAGCAAGACUUUGUGGUUAUACAUCUUCCAGUAUGAUAAUGAGCACACUGAAAGUAUAAGGCACUUGAGUAUAUGGUGGUUCUCAGGUUUGCUGGUGUUCGGUGAGAGUCCUGCAUAAUGGCUGGUAUGAUCAGGCCAUAGAUGCCUAUGAUAGUGGCCACAUCAUAAUCGGUUAUUCCAAGACACAUUGUUUCUGCUUUCAUGAGUGCAAUGUGUCUUCAGACUCUCACUGGUAUUACAGCCUUGAGGGGCAAAGGUGCAGCCUUAGAUAAAUUAGUCCUAUUACAAUCUGACAAAUGUCAAGCCUAUUGUCUGUCUUCUGUACUACAAACAUAAAAUUACAUCCAGUCCAAACACAACCUUCAUGAAAGGACCACCUUCAUACUUGCCCAGGUGUCAGAUCAUAAAGUACACAUAACACAGGCAGGUUAAUCAUCUACAAACAUGUUCUGUCUUCUGUGAGAAGCUGGCUAUUGAGUAGUUUGUGCAGAGCCAAUAGCAUAUCUGUAUAGUAGAUAUGUCAGCCCUAAUGUUUGGUCUGAAUCCCUUUCCCCAUGUUUUUCCAAAAACCAAGAUAUAAAUGAUCUGCCCUUCCUAUUCUGCUUUCACUUACUAGAUUAUGACUAUCACCCUCCACACCCUGGCCAAAUUGUAGUGAUCAGGAAGAGCAAGGAAGUAAAGUAAAGUAAAAUUUUAUUUUUGAGUCGCCUAUCUGGCUGAAUUAACGGCCAGUCUAGGCGACGUACAACAUACAAUAAAAUACAAUAAAAUCAAUAAGGAUCACAAUAAGGAAGGAAUUCAACACUGCUCAAUAAACAACAGAAACAAAAAUGGGGAAAGUUCUUCACUAUUAAGUGGGCAGGCUAGUUUUUCCAACUUCACUGCCAAUUAUUUCUUUGUGUCAUCAUGACUUUGCAUCCUAAGCCAUUGCACAUUGCUCUUAAGGGAAACAUCUACAGCAGCAGCAUUGAAGAACACUGUGAAUUCUUCAUUGCUUUACAUCAUUGACUCUGUCAGGUAUAAUGUGGAAAGUGUCUAUUUCCAUUAACCUAGCCUUGUCUAAUUUGACUAACUGUUUGACUGUUGAAUUCUGAAAUUAUUCUAUAUUUGCCGUCCUGUGUAGACCAAAUAAAGUUUACCAAAUAUUAAUCCUAAUAUUUAAUGGAAAGUUUUAAUAAUGAUUCUUAGCUAGAUAUGUGUGACUGUGUUUUUAUAUUGUGUAGCUUUAUGUACACCAAUGUCAACUUUCCUCUGUUACACAUGAGUAAGCUAAAGUGUUGUGAUAUGUUUGGUUUGGGUGUCUAAUGGUCUUUGGUCUUAAUGGGGGAUACUGGAAACAUGGUAACAUGUUUGGCUUUUCAUUUACUCCAGUGAAUUUUUUUAAUUGAAUUGAUGUAGUUUUUUUUCCUGUGGCUUCCUAUAACUUCCACUGGGAAAUUUUAAGAAGCAUGAUAGUGAUACUGUGAUUUUUUUGUACAAUCCUAGUAAUACUUGUGUUUUAUGUUGGAAAACCCUCUUGCCACAAGCAAACACACGGGAAGUGUACAAAAGUGUAUUGUUUUCAUAUAUAAAACUUGGGACUUGUAUAUAAAACUUACGUUUCAAUGCUAUCUUAGUGUAAUAAAUUCAGUUUGGUCCUGUUUAUAGCAGAGGAACUAUGUUUAGUCCGAGACGAUUUUGUUCAGUAUUCAGGGUUCUAGUCACUAAGCAUUAGCCAUUUCAGGAUCAUAAAGCAAAUCCAUAUGUUUUUAAAAGUUCUGUUCUUCUCUCAUGUUUGUUCCAAAUAUAGUAUGAAGAGCUAAAUAAAAAUUAUUUUAUUUCUGACAAA